CCUCCUAUAAAAACCUCUCUCUCUCUCUCUCUCUCUCUCUCGCUCGUCUCUGUCUCUCUCCAUGGCUUCCAUUUCCAGGCUCUCAAACCCUAGCUUCUCUUCUCACUCUUCUUCCUCUUCUCUCAGAUCUCGAUCCUCCGAGCUGAAAAUCUCGAUCGAUUUCCAUUCAAUCUCCUCGAUUCGAAGAGGAUUUCCGUCUUCUAAGCUCUCGAUUCGAAGAAAUCAUGUCGAGAGGAGCUCGUUGACUGUUAGAUGUUCUCAAAUUGAUGGAAAUGGUGCCCAAACAAAGAAAACAACUCUUCAUGAUCUAUAUGACAAGCAGGGGCAGAGCCCUUGGUAUGACAACCUCUGCCGUCCAGUAACUGAUUUGCUGCCAUUGAUUGCGAGCGGUGUUAGAGGUGUUACCAGCAACCCAACAAUUUUCCAGAAAGCGAUCUCAUCAUCAAAUGCCUAUGACGAACAAUUCAAGAAGCUUGUUCAAGAGGGAAAAGAUGUUGAAGAUGCAUACUGGGAGCUUGUGAUAAAAGACAUCCAAGACGCAUGCAAACUUUUCGAACAGAUAUAUGACGAAACAGAUGGGGCAGAUGGCUAUGUAUCUGUUGAAGUUUCUCCUAGGCUUGCUGACAAGACUGAUGAAACUGUGGAUGCUGCUAAGUGGCUGCACAAAGUGGUUGACCGCCCCAAUGUCUACAUAAAGAUCCCUGCAACAGCAGAAUGCAUUCCUUCUAUCAAGCAAGUUAUUUCACAUGGAAUAAGUGUAAAUGUGACUCUCAUUUUCUCUCUUCCACGAUAUGAAGCUGUCAUCGAUGCUUACUUGGAUGGUCUUGAAGCUUCUGGACUGAGUGACCUUUCCAGAGUUACCAGUGUGGCAUCUUUCUUCGUCAGCCGUGUCGAUACUCUCGUGGACAAGAUGCUCGAAAAGAACGGAACACCUGAAGCUCUUGACCUCCGGGGCAAGGCUGCCGUGGCACAAGCGGCACUGGCAUAUAAGCUAUAUCAGAAGAAAUUCUCUGGCCCACGAUGGGAGGCUCUAGUGAAGAAAGGCGCCAAGAAGCAGAGAUUGUUGUGGGCCUCGACCAGUGUUAAGAAUCCGGCAUACUCCGACACAUUGUAUGUCGCUCCUCUCAUUGGACCUGAUACGGUUUCGACCAUGCCCGAUGCUGCUCUGCAAGCAUUCAUCGACCAUGGGGUCGUCUCGAGGACAAUUGAUGCAAAUGUAUCAGAGGCAGAAGGUGUCUACAGCGCCAUUGAGAAGAUGGGGAUUGACUGGAAUGAGGUUGGAUCCCUGCUGGAGCUUGAGGGUGUGGAAUCCUUCAAGAAGAGUUUCGACAGCCUGAUUGGAAGCCUGAAAGAGAAGGCGGACAAUCUCAAGCUGGUCAGCUUGUAAGAUUUGUGGGUUGAUCUUCUCCUAUUAUAUCUCCCUCCAAUAAAAAGAAGCUGGUUUGGUUUCAAAAUACAGUUUGUAGAGAAUGCAGUGAGUUGGGUGGAUUUGUCAGCUUUUAGUUGUGUGAGAACAGAUGUAUGCUCUAGUUGUUUUACAUGAUAUGUAAGCUGGUUAUGUGCUUUUUAUCAUGCCUUCAUUUUGUUGUCUCCUUUUCUCACCGUAGAGUGCGGAUCAAGGUAUUCUCUGUAAUGGUAACGGUGGCCAUAACGGCUACCAGUGUUACCUUUA